AUGGGAUCUGCUUCCUCCACUUACCGGCCUAAAUGUAUUUAUUUGGACAUUGACGGAAGAAUUCAAAAGGUGAUCUUCAGUAAAUACUGCAAUUCCAAAGAUAUUAUGGACCUUUGCUGCAUUGCAACAGGGCUGCCGAGGAACACCACCAUCUCCCUUCUGACAGCAGACAACUGCAUGGUGUCCAUUGACCCCACGAUGCCUGCAAACACAGAGAGGUCUCCAUACAAAGUGAUACCAGUUAUGACUGAGCAGCUCUCAGAGAAAGAAGAAUUGUUCCAGAAUUUAUUGGGACAGAUUGCUGAGCAGUUCUCGAGGGUUUUUAAAAUCAAUGAACUGAAAACGGAAGUAGCUAAUCACUUGGCAAUGCUGGAGAAAAAGGUUGAAUUGGAAGGCCUGAAGGUGGUGGAGAUUGAGAAAUGCAAGCGUGACAUCAAAAAGAUGAGGGAGGAAAUGGCAGCAAGGAGCAGCAGGACUAACUGUCCCUGCAAGUACAGCUUUUUGGAUGAAAACAAGAGGCCAGCUCCCCGGAGGGAUGUACCAUCCUACCCAAAGUACAUGCUGUCCCAGGAGACCAUCGAGGCUCUGCGGAAACCGACUUUUGACGUGUGGCUGUGGGAGCCCAACGAGAUGCUGAGCUGCUUGGAGCACAUGUACCACGACCUUGGGCUGGUAAAAGACUUCAACAUCAAUCCUAUCACCUUGAAGAGGUGGCUGCUGUGCAUCCACGACAAUUACAGGAACAACCCCUUCCACAAUUUCCGGCACUGCUUCUGCGUCACCCAGAUGAUGUACAGCAUGAUCUCGCUCUGCAGCCUCCAGGAGAAAUUUUCCCAAAUUGACAUUUUGAUUCUCAUGACUGCAGCAGUGUGCCAUGACUUGGACCAUCCGGGCUACAACAACACGUACCAGAUCAACGCGCGGACGGAGCUGGCCGUGCGCUACAACGACAUCUCCCCGCUGGAGAACCACCACUGCGCCGUGGCCUUCCAGAUCAUCUCCCAGCCCGAGUUCAACAUCUUCUCCAACGUGGACCAGGACCAGUUCAAGCAGAUAAGACAGGGGAUAAUUACGUUAAUCCUGGCUACAGACAUGGCGAGACAUGCAGAAAUACUGGACUCUUUCAAGGAAAAAAUGGAAAACUUUGAUUACACAAAUGAAGAACAUAUGACCUGUCUGAAGAUGGUGCUGAUAAAAUGCUGUGACAUCUCCAACGAAGUCCGCCCGAUGGAGGUGGCAGAGCCCUGGGUAGAUUGCUUGCUGGAGGAGUAUUUUAUGCAGAGCGACCGAGAAAAAUCCGAGGGGCUCCCGGUGGCGCCGUUCAUGGACCGCGACAAAGUGACCAAACCCACGGCACAGAUCGGCUUCCUCAAGUUCGUCCUCAUCCCCAUGUUCGAGACAGUGACCAAGCUGUUCCCAGAAGUGGAGGAGGUGAUGCUCCAGCCUCUGUGGGAAUCCAGGGACCACUAUGAGGGGUUAAAACAGAUAGAUGAUGCUAUGAAAGAGCUGCAGAAACAGAAAAGUGAAGGUUUGACCACCGGCAGUACCGAAAAGUGAGAGGAAACGGCCUUUGAACAAAUAAACCGCGAGCCUUGAGGCUACCCUGCUUUGAGAAAUGCUCCAUUGGCCAAGCAGAGGUGGUGGCUACAUCAAAAUCCAAGUGGGACCAUGCAGUGAGAGAUGGAUCCACAGCCUGCAGCCUCCUCACAGAGCUGCUGCUGCCGUCGGACACCGCGGGCAGCACAGACUCCUGAAUUCCCACCACAGCCUCCUGGCAGGAUUCUCCAGACUCUGAAUCCUCACCACAGCCUCCUGGCAGGAUUCCCCAGGCUCUGAAUUCCCACCACAGCCUCCUGGCAGGAUUCCCCAGGCUCUGAAUCCUCACCACAGCCUCCUGGCAGGAUUCUCCCUGUGGACGCUGCUCAGGCUGCAGCACAGCUCCAUCCUUCAGCAGAUCUGCCUUCCUGGUGACCCAGCUGCCCACAGUGUGUACAGACAAAUCAGAGUUUAGCUAAGGAGCCUUUCCUGGGACAUGAUCCCCUGGCACCAGGGGUUGUUUUAGUCAAGACACUCUCUGUAUGUGUACAGCAGGAUGCUAAUUACAGCAUAGCUCACCCGAUGCUUAUACACUGACAAGGGUCCAGGCAUGCAUUUUUGUUUGCCUGGUAACCCCUAAUGACACAUUUCUCCUCAUUAUUCUCUGAAUUUUAUAGUUCACAGUACAUUCAGAAGCCCAACGUAGUGGAUGCAAUUUUCUUUUCUUUUUUUUUUUCUACAUUAGAAGAAAUCAGAAGAAACCUUCAUGAGUUUGCAGGGUGGCUUUGUGACCUGGUACAGCUGGACACCAUGGGAUCCUUCAGCACGAGCAAAGAAGGGAGCACAAAGCUGAAAAAACCACAGUGCAAACACAUUUUUAUCCUUGUUGAUGCAAAAAAAAAAAAAACCAACAAGAGACACCUUCAAAGAUGUACAGAUUUUUUUUUUUUUAACUUUUAAACCGAUCUGCUAAAUAAUAUAUUCUUCUACAGAAA